GCUUCAGAGCAGGUUAUGUUCAAGUUGAGAGAUCAAGCUUUAUAAAAGCUCCUCCCACUGACCAAUCAAUUCCUUUCAAACAUGACAUUGCCGUUCUUAGAGGAACCCGUGGAGCUUGAUGCGCGGAUUGUUUGAGGGUUUCUGAGAAAGGCAUGGGUCUUAAGAGACCGGCAAAGAUAUAGAUUUUCAUCAAAGGGAAUAAUGAGCCUUUUAUCAGCUGCUGUUGCUGAACAUAACCAACCUGACUCGUAGGAGCAAUGUGCUCAGUAACACAGACUGUCUGCGUUGAUCGACGUUUCUUUACUUCUCACCUGUUCACUGUGGAUGAUGCAGAGAAGAUCAGCAAUACACUGUAUGCACUUUUACACAUUAAUAGCAAUGUCUUUUCUUUAGUCUAAUCUAUUGUCCUUUUUGGUGUUCAACUUAUGAUUUAAUUUCUGACUUGUUUACAAACCACACUGUGCAUUUGUUUACUGAUAUCAAUAUACAGUUGGCGACUGCUUAGCCUGACUGCAUUUGUCAGGUUAAGUUAAGUUGGAUAUCUGAGAGAUAUCCUGGGUAUGUUGAACUCGCUUCAUAGUACAGGCCCCAGGUUAGUGAUUUUGAUAAAUACUUUAAGAUGUGUUGGUAUGGACGGAGAUUGUUUCUGAUCUGAAGCUAAAAUGUUCGUUUGGAUAGAGAUUGUUUUAGUUUAGUUUCAAAAUGUAACGGUGCAUGGGAGUUUGAAAAAAAAACGACAUGAGAUAUCCAGAGGAGAUCAUGGAGAACAGCGGCAAUGUGUGUGAUGUGGUUAAAGCAAGGGUUGGUAAUCCUGGAAAAGCUAGCAAGAGUAGGCUACACUUUGAAAAAUGCAACCAAUGCAUUCCAGCCCCUCUCGUUAAAGUAGCGUCCAUAUGAACAUGCACUGACACCUGCUAGAAGCUGACUUUUCUGUGACUCGCUCGCUAACUUUUGCCUAUUUCUACUUCUCCAUGGCUGAAGACACGUGAAUGAUCACAAAGGGUUUUAGUUCAUUUCAUACGGACCAAAUUAAAUGAUUGGUCGUUUUUGUUAGAUUCCUGCGAGAGCCAGAGACUUUUUUAAUGGCUGUCUGUAUGUGAAGAGGAUUUUCAGUGUAGUGAAGGGUUUCAGAAACAAAUUAUCAACCCUAGCUUUCACUUCAGAGAUGCAGAAUUUUAAGAUGUUUUAUUGUGUAACCGACUUUCCCAGAGUCAGAAAGAAAUAAAUCCCUCAAGACGUACCUUUUUAUAUAUUUGUCUGAAGUUAUAUCAAAUAGCUGCUUUGCUCAGUUGUGGGUGUAUAUCGGAUCAAAUAACAAAAUUGGUAAACCUAGGCAAGUAAACCAAAUUGGAGUGAGGGGGCACAGUCUCAGACUUAGAAAACCUAAGCUCUACACAAUAAGCACUAAAACCAGGACCCCCGAGUGAUACACAACCUGUGUAGUUCUGUAGCAUCGUCAGUGUAAGGAUUUACCUGAGCAAUCAGCUGGUCCACCCAGUAUUUAUUUACAGUUGUUUCCUUGUAGCCUCUGCCUAUGUCUGGUCUCUGUACGUCUUUUGAGUAAUUUUACUCUUACAUGUGUUUAUUAUUAGUGGAUCUCCUCGUAUAUGUAGAAUCAUUAUGUAGAAUAAUAUAUUGUAUAUAAAAAGGCUGUGAAAGUAGUUGUUGAACUGAGAUGGAAAGUUAUUUUCCUAAAUGUACAUUUGUGUAUUCGGUUUUUCCCCAGUUCAGCAAUGAAGACGUCUUCCUCCAUCACUGUCACCUCCAUCUUGCCGUCAAAAUUGUACUUCUUUCUUUCUCCUCACAGACACAUCAGGCACAAAUAAUAUUAAACCUUGACUGAAUUACCUUUCAGAAAUCUAAAGGAAAAAUUGCAGAAUUUCUGUAGCUUCAGGCAAAUGUUUCUCUAUGUUCUUGUAACUUCACAUCAGUGUACUUCAAGUUUUGUUUGGGGUUGUUUUCAGAUCAAGCUUCAGUAAUCCAAAUGACUUCAUCAAACUGAAGCAUAAAAAAAUUGUAAAAUUUGAAUUAAUACAAUGUUUGCCUCUUGUUGGACACUUUCACCACUGUUAUAGGGUUAAGGCUGCUGCACACGAGAGGGUUUUCAACUCUUGACCGAUUUCAAAAACAUGAGACAACACACAUAAUUUAACCGAUGUUCAAUGUUUGGCCAGAACAUAAGACCAUACACUUGCUGUUUGUAGGAAACAAUUACACAGUGGCGAUUCCAGAAACUUCAAACCUUACAGAAACUCACAAUAUAAUUCUUCAGUUUUAGUUUUUUUUACGACAGUAGGCAAACAACUUUUAGGUGCAUUACCGCCACCUUCUGAACUGGAGUGUGGCUUCAGAAGAAAAACCAACAUGGAGGAGGACUGACGUCAUGUGUCUGUUUUGCAGUGACAAGAAAAAAAACUGGAUGUAGUCAUGGCUGAGGAGGCGGAAUUGGCUUAAACAUUUUGAAAUGUAUUUUUGUUUUGUCCAGUUGGUGACUCUUACCGGUCAGCUCGCUGUCAUUGGGUUUCUGUCGGAGCCGUUUAUCAAUUUAAAUGAUCAAACAUGUUUGAUAUUUAUGAUUCAAGAUUAGGGAGGCUCCGACUCAAUCGGUGGCAUUAAGAUUAUUUUAUAAACCUCUCACACUUAGGGAUUAUUUUGGCAGACAAUCGGCACUGACCGACCUCCAGUUGGGAACGCCCCAGAGAUUGUUGGAAGGGGCAAAACCGGGUCUGGAAUCAGCCCGACUUUCCCUUCGUGUGCAGCAGCCUUUAGCUGACACAGUGCCACUGUCAACUGUUACUCCAACUCCAGCAUUGUCCUCCUCAAUUUAUGGUGAGGUAAAACUCACUCAAAGAAGUAUAAAAAUACCGGGGGUUAAAUAAAGGUGAUUUUCUUCUUAUGUCCUGUACUAUGUCUGCUCUUGGUGUUCACUGUGAAAUGUGUCUAUUAUAAUAUUGACUUUAUCUUACACAAGUCACAAUGUUAGAAAAAACAUGGGAGAGUCUUAUCUAAACACGUAUCACUGUAAUCUUCCUCUCAACAAGGUCACUGGCCUCACAAAUCACCUUGUGAACAUGAUAUCUCAAAAACACCAGUCACUGAUUUAAUGUGGUUACUUAUAGGUCAAGGUCACGGGGGAGAAAAGAGUUCAUCAAGAAAUAAGUAGAUUUUACCCUUAAAACAAGGAAGUCAGCUAGAGGAUCUGAGAAAAAUGUUCUUUCCUUUGUGGUUGUUCUCAGAAUCUAUAGCUACAGACCACACUGGACAGUUUAAGUGCAAUGUUUUUCUUUAGCUUAAGCAAAGGGACACAAUUGGAAUUUAGUAAUAUUUUUAAUUCUUACAACGAGCCAUUUGUUUUAGCUGGAGAUUGAAAGUGUGAACCUGAAGUCCUCCGUCAGCAUUUAGGUCUUCCACGACUUCUGGAUUUAAAACCUUGUUGAUAAGAUGUUACAACAGCACAGACAUAAUUUCUUUGAAGCUGAUAUAGUUAACUAACAGUAGAAAAGAACAGCAUUACUCGAGCAUUCAUCGUUGUGUCUCUGGCGACCUGUUUAUUAAUGCCGCGCGUUUGUGGACCCUGUUAGGUUUUCACUGACUCUCCACAAACACUGCUGCUAAUGUUCAUGACCUCAUUUUCACUAAACUGAGAAGUUAGCAAGUAACAAAGUACUAGAUCAUGUUGAUGCCCCUUACAUUACAUUAUACAUGGUCACAGCUUUGUCAAAUAUAUAACUUGUGUAAUGUUGUUGUUGCUCAACUCAAGGCGAGGAAACACAUUACAGUAAUACAUGCACAUGUCAUCCUUAGAUGAGAUGAGAGAGUUCCGUUCCGUUCACUCAGAGAGUCUGCCGACAUUUGCAAAGCCCAUUUUCAAACAACAUCCACCAGACUUCAGACAAAUAAAACUCCAAAUUCACUGUGAUUCCUUCAGAUCGGACCCCAAAUUGAAUCGGUCCAAAUCUCUUCCCUCCACCAAAUUCAUCAGAAAGGAUCUCAUUGACAAAUAAACAUGACAACAGUGUUCACAUGAAAAAUGCCAGAAAGUGUCAAGCAAACGGAAACUGGCCAAUCACAUGUCUAAAUGUCAGACACAGAAGUUGUUGGUUAUAGAAACGUCAACUCCACAGCUGCAAGAAAGCAGGAACAUCUUGUUGGUUACUAAGCAACAUACCACCAUCAAUAUCAAGUAGGUUGGGUUGUGAAAGUCUUGCCCAGAGUUAAAGUGAGAAAGCUUACGCUGCUGGGGUCACUCUGCUCUGCAUCCUCUCUGUGUUUAUGAGCUCAGACACUUCAUCUGCGAUAAUCAGGAUGUUGAAACUCCUUCUUAGACUCUCUAUUGUCCGCUUUCUCUUGACCACAUCUUCACCUGCUGCAGGUUUUCAGAUCAGAUUAGUUGGUUCUGGAUCCACUCGGUGCUCUGGAAGAGUUGAAAUCUAUCACAACGACACCUGGGGAACGGUCUGCGAUGACGGAUGGGACUUACAGGAUGCGCGGGUGGUUUGCAGACAGCUGAACUGUGGUACAGCAGUGAGUGCACCUCAGCAUGCUUACUUUGGCAGAGGAGUUGGAUCUAUUUGGCUCGAUGAGGUGGCCUGUUUAGGAAAUGAAACUUCUUUGACCGCCUGUCAGCACGAUACAUUUGGGGAACAUGACUGUUCACACAGUGAGGAUGCUGGUGUCAUCUGCUCAGCCCUUCUGAAGCCCACCAUCUCCAUGAAUCCUCCUGGUGUAGUGACCUGGGGUCAGGACAUCGGCAUCACCUGUUUAAUCUCAGUUAACCGUAUAGGUGGAAGGUUCCUCUUCACACACACACUCAGUCGAAUCCCAAAAUUAAAUUCAACAUCAAAUUCUUCCAUUGCUACCUUCAAUAUUGCUCAAGUGACCUUCGAUAACGAGGGAGUGUACCAGUGCCAAUUUCAAACACAGAUUUCAGGUCAAUACAUCAAGUCCCUCUUCAGUGACCAUCUCAAUCUCACUGUGAGCCUCCCAAAACCCAGCAUCUUCAUGAAUCCCCAUGGUGAGGUCACCUGGGAUCAGGAUGUUGUCAUCACCUGUGCGAUCACAACUCAGCAUUUAGGUGGAACGUUCAUUCUGCAGACGACGUCAGGCUCAGUCAGACAAUGGUCAAGUGCGGACUACGCUACCUUCAGCAUCCAUCAAGUGAACCUUGAUAAAGAGGGAUUAUACCAAUGUCAGUAUCAGACAAGGGUAUCAAGUCGAGACGUCAACUCUCCCCUAAGUGAUUCUGUCAGACUCUCUGUUACCGUGCCACUGCUGCAGCCCACCAUCGACCUGAUAUCUGCUGAUGGUGGACUGCACUGGAGUCCUGAAGCUGCAGAGGUCACAAAGGGUCACAGCUUUGUCUUCAACUGCUCGAUUUCCUCCCAACUCCCUGAAGGUGUUUUCUCUCUCUUCUUCUGUGGCUCCAACAUCACUGACAAGCCUGCAGUCAACCACUCAGCCUCCUUUGAGUUCCCCGUAGCUGAGUAUGAACACCAGGGCAACUACAGCUGUGUGUAUGAGGUCGCAUUGUCCUCCAGGACAUUUUCUGGAGUGACCACAUCGAUUAGCGUCAUCGUUAAAUUGUCUUUGUCGCUGCUGGUCUCCUCGGUAGCUGCUGGGAGCCUGGUGCUGCUCCUGCUGGUCCCGGUGGUGAUCUGUCUGGUCUGCAAGAGAAGACCGCAAGCGAUGCCGCCUGGAGUCCCUCAAUUGGCUGUCAGGAAUCACUAUGAAGACCCUGACGAUGAGGUGGAGCAGCUCUAUGUGAACUUUGAACAAGUGAAGGGGCAGUUGGAGCAAGCCAGCGGACUGCUGGAUGCAAAGAUCGCUGUCAGGAUUCACUAUGAAGACACUGAUGAUGAGGUGGAGCAGCUCGCUGAGAACUUUGAACAAGUGACGUACAAGAAGAGGCAGUGGGAGCAAGCCAGUUCGGUGGAUGAAGAUCAUGAUGACUAUGAGGGAGAGAAGAACAAUAAAGGCAGUGGUUGUGUACAAAGCCAAGUGACCAGUGCUACUGACCACGAUAAUAAUGUAAACCAGCCCUUUGCUGAAGACUGGCUGGACAUUUAUGGAGAAGACGAAGAUGUUUAUCAAAACAUUUAGUUUUCUACUGCUGAACAAAAGCACAGGGAUUAAUCAACCCACAUACAGUAUUAUGUAUUUCAAAAUAAUGCAAUGUGCUAGUCCUGAACAGGUUUAAGUAAGAUUUUUGAGUGUGCCAUCAAUGGGCAAUAUAGUGCAACAAUGCAGUGUGUAAAAAAACACAAAAUUAAAAAACAAGGAUAGAAUGUUUAGAUAAGCAUUUAUUUUUUCAUUUCUCUUUGUAAAGUUUAAUCGGUAACUGCGGAUUAUCCAACAUUGCACCUAUGAAAAAACAUAACAUUAUGAUACUAUAGAAUAAGUCCAAUUGCCUUUGUAUAUUUCUAGCGUUUCUAGCUUGUGUGCGUGUGUUUUUGUUUGUGUGUGUGUUUUCUCAGCUACUCUCAAAUUUGUUCAGAGUAUUUACACAAGAAGGUAAUGUAGUGGAAAUUUAUCUUGAGAUGUGAAAUAAAGAGUUUCUCAGACCGGA